AUGUCGUUCCGCGCUGGUCUGCGAGUAGCGAGCGCCCUUAGAGCCGUCUCUGCACGGCGAGCUACCUCUGUAUCUCCCCACACUAGGCGCUGUAUUCACUCCUCGACAGCAACGAGAGCCUCCGCCGCCCCCUUCACUGAGCCCACCUCUCCCAACCCGACCGUAUCCCAAUACGCAGAGACAACCGAGAAACUCCACACCUAUGGCUCCUACAUUAUGCAAUGUCUCCCCAAGUUCAUCCAGCAGUUCUCUGUCCUUAAGGAUGAGUUGACCUUGUACAUCACGCCGUCCGCGGUCGUCCCCGUGUUGACCUUCCUGCGCGACCACGGGCAAUGCCAGUUCAAGCAGGUUAUGGAUAUCAGUGGUGUCGACUUCCCUGAGCGCGAGAAACGGUUCGAGAUUGUAUACCACCUCCUCAGCGUCAAGUAUGCUGGCAGGAUCCGGGUGAAGACGUACGCGGGCGAGGCGGAUGCCGUUGCUAGUGCUGUUGAGGUCUUUAGCGGUGCUGACUGGUACGAGCGUGAAGCUUGGGAUCUUUUCGGCAUUUUCUUCGAGAACCACCCGGAUCUCCGCCGGAUAUUGACUGAUUACGGAUUCGAGGGCCAUCCUUUGCGCAAGGACUUCCCCUUGACUGGUUACACGGAAGUUCGUUAUGAUGAGGAGCGCAAGCGUGUCGUCUAUGAACCUCUUCAACUCACCCAAGCCUUCCGCAACUUCGAAUCUCUAUCGCCGUGGGAGCAGGUUGGCGACGGUACUAAGGGUCGGAGACCUGAGGAGCUCAAGCAUUUGCCGCCGCCCAAACCAGAGGAAGUCAAGAAAUAG